AAGGGGCUCAGCCUGGGGGGCGGGUGGGGCUGCCCGGCCCAUCGCGGCCGGCGGCAGCCCGGAGGGGGGCGGGGGUUCCGGGCCCCGCCCCCCAAUGCGGCAGUUCAGCUCAGCACAGCGAGGGGCCCCCGCCCCAUCGCCUCCCGCACGCGAGGGUCCGGGCUAAGCGGAAUGGCACAGCGGAGGUGCUCCCGCGAAGCCCGCCGGCCCGGGAGGAGGAGAGGGGCCGGGGUCGGCCGCCCCCGAACCUUGCCCUCUCCUCCACCCACCCCACCCCCCGGCCCUGGCUGGGCGAUGCCAAGCUCUCCCCCGAGGCCCGGGCCCGCGAUCCGAGCCCGCACCGAAGCGCCCGCAGCAGCGCGAGCUGCGGGGCUCCGCCGCCCCCUCUGCCCCGACCCGCGCUCGCCCAGAGCAAACCCAAAACCAGAGCCGGAGCGGCUCCUUCUGCCUUCCACCCUCCCCUCCGCCCCAGCAACCGAGCUCCAACGGAGCUCGCUAGCUAUUGGGCGUCGCGGUCGCCGUUCGAUCGAGUUUCGACCUUCCCAUUGGCCGGUGCUGCGAUGAAAGGCGGGAGUUCGAUUGCGGGGGUCAGGAGGAGGCUUUGAGUCGGUCCUAGAGCCCACGGCUCAAGCCAAUCUCUGGCCCGGGGGAGGGAUGGACCAGGGCGUUAGGAGGAAGAAGUCGGAAGUCACGUGGAGUCCUUGCGGCCCAGUUGAUUGGCUUGGCAGGACAUGAAUGAUGCAGCUGUGAUUGCAGCUCACCUGACCAGCGAGUAUCUGCCGAGAAGAAAAAAAGGAGGAAGGGAAGGUCUGCUCUUGCUGGGGUCUACCGGUCUUCCCUGUCACCAUUCCCGCAACUUUGUCUCCAGGGGUGAACACCCCACUGGUCCUGAAUGCCACCUACAGGUCCCACCGUCAUGGGGCUCUAAAGUCCAUGUGGCUAACAACUCUGAAUCAGGUAUUAAGAAAGAUGCAGAGGCGGCACAGCAGCAACACGGAGAGCGCACCCCCUGAAAGGUUGGUCAAAAAUAGAUGUGGGGCCCAGACUGUUUUGUGCCAGCCAGAGCUCCAUCUUUUGGCCAGCAAGAACCGAAGCCAGACCCUCAGUUCUGAGACCAGUGUGGAUGAAGGUGGUGUCUUCGAAGGUCUGAAGCUCGAAGAUUCUUCCCCUCCACCCAUCUUUUCCGGAUUAGCGGGUCUGCAGUCAGGUACCCUCUCAGCCACCCCGUUCCAGUCAGGCUUGGUUCUGGGCUCAUCCCCUGGAGGUGGGGAGGUGUUCAUACAGAUGCCGGCCUCCCGAGAAGAAGGGACCAGCCGGGGAGAGAGCGGGACCUUCCACCACCGACCAGCCUCCCAUCACUUCCACCACGGCCACCACCGGGGAAGCUCCCUGUUGCACGUGGGUGGUGACCGGCAUGGACAUGGGGAAGAAGGUGGUGAAGACCAGCCGGGAACGCCGGCCCCAGCCCUCUCGGAACUCAAGGCGGUGAUCUGCUGGCUGCAGAAGGGACUCCCUUUCAUCUUAAUCCUCCUGGCUAAACUGUGCUUCCAACAUAAGCUAGGCAUUGCGGUGUGCAUCGGGAUGGCCAGCACAUUUGCCUACGCUAACUCUACUCUCCGCGAGCAGGUGUCUCUGAAGGAAAAGAGAUCAGUCCUGGUCAUCUUCUGGAUUUUGGCCUUCCUGGUGGGAAAUACCCUUUAUGUACUGUACACAUUUAGCUCCCAACAGCUGUAUAACAGCCUCAUCUUCCUGAAACCCAACCUGGACAGCCUGGAUUUCUUUGACCUACUAUGGAUCGUGGGAAUUGCUGACUUCAUGCUCAAAUACAUCACCAUCGCACUCAAGUGUCUCAUCGUGGCCCUGCCCAAGAUCAUUCUGGCCGUCAAGUCCAAGGGUAAGUUCUAUUUGGUGAUUGAGGAGCUGAGCCAGCUGUUCCGGUCACUCGUUCCCAUCCAGCUGUGGUACAAAUACAUCAUGGGCGAUGACCCCUCCAAUAGCUAUUUCCUAGGAGGGGUCCUCAUCAUCCUUUACAGCCUUUGCAAGUCAUUUGACAUCUGCGGCCGGCUGGGUGGAGUAAGGAAGGCCCUGAAGCUUCUCUGCACCUCUCAGAACUAUGGAGCUCGGGCCACAAGCCAGCAGUGUGCUGAGGCUGGUGAGAUCUGUGCCAUUUGCCAAGCUGAGUUCCGGGAGCCUUUGGUCCUGAUGUGUCAGCACGUAUUCUGUGAGGAGUGUCUCUGCCUUUGGUUCGACCGGGAGAGAACUUGCCCUCUCUGCCGCUCAGUUGCCGUGGAAACCCUGCGAUGCUGGAAGGAUGGUACCACCUCCGCCCAUUUUCAGGUGUAUUAGGUCAAAAGACUUUCAUCGAUGGAAGGGCGGAAAGGCCCCAAAGGAGCAGAGACGUUGGAAAAAGUCCCUGGAUCUUUAUCCCACAUCAGUCUCAUUUAGUUGGUUUGUCCCCAGCAUGGCAUUCUGUCCUUAGCCACGCUCCGUGAAGAAUGUGCUGUUGAAUAGCUACAACUAUGGGUCCCUUCUGUGGGACUUUGUUUAACCCCGAUCCAGAACUGAGAUCCUCACCUGAAUUCAUUUCCCCAUCCUUCCCUCCCUUCUCCUCACAGGCUGAUGAAAUCCCCUGACCCUGACAAUGUCCUUAUCCCUUUUGAACCAGCCCUGCAGAAUCUGACACCGUUCCAUUCAUUGCCCAUCUUCCAGCUUUUCCUACCCCUCAGAAAAUGGUAGACAUUCUUGGUCGCCUACCUGUAGACCCUCUAGGUAGGUGGUAUGGUGUAUGGAACUGAGUUUGAAUGCUGCCACAAAAGACUCUAACCGUAGAACCCUGUCAUUUUGUAGCUAACAUAUAUCCUUUCUGAGCCUCAACUGUCCACUUCUGUAAGAUGAGGAUAAUAAUAUCACCUACUUCACAGAGUUAUCAUGAGGAUCAAAUGAGAUAACAUAGAAAAUACUUUGCAAACCCUAGAACUCUACAUUAGUAGAGUUCUAGUAUUAUUGUGUAUUCUAGUUCUAGUUCUAGUAGUAUUAUGUUGUUAUCUGGUUCUACUAGUUCUAGUAGUAUUAUGGUGAUCUGCCUCCUGGACAGGGUUUGGGCUAUCAUCUGGGUCACUGGGGAGAAGCGCAAAGAUGGACACAAGUGUUGGGAACUGAGGUUUUCAUGAAAAGAAGCCACUGCCUUCCCCUCCUUCCCUGCCCAGCGAAUCAGGCAUGCGCAUACUCUAUACUAGGAACUGCCCUACAUGUUGGCAGUGGUGGGGUUCAUCUCACUGGAGCACUCCAAGAAGAUGCUGGAUGGCCAUUUUGUCAGAAAUCCUAUAGUACGGAUUCCUGUGUGAGUCAGAGUUGAAAUAGAUGGACCUGGGGGCCUUUCCACCUCUGAGAGCCUAAAAAUGCAUUGAUUCUGGAAAACUGUUGAAGGCCCCGUGGCCCACAGGCUCAUAGACAGGUGGGACAACCUGUCGCCUGGAUGUAGAUGGCUCUCAACUCUUCCUCCAGCCACAUACAGCUUUGUUCCCUUUUUCGCUUUCCUCCUUUCUUUUCCCAUCCUCAGUUUUCCUCUGCUUCUUCUCCUCUUCCUCCCUUUCACAACUGCUUCCUCCUGUUCAUAUGUGAACCACCUUGUAUUCAUUUCCAUGUGAAUGUAUCGUCUCCCCUUUAGAGAGUAAACUUCUUAAGGGCUGGAUUUGUAUUCCCAACACUUAACAAAGCUGCUUGUUGACUGAUUGGCCAUUCCCCUUGCCCGUGCCUGAACCAUCUAUAGGCAUUAAUUCAUCCUCCUGGUGGCUCUGAGGGCCAAAGAGAUAGUGCAUAUUCUGGAUUUAUGCACCCUUUGGGAUGUGGGGUUCUGGCACUGGGCCCAAUCAUACAUGGAUUUCUCUAACUUAUGCCAAGAGCCAUAUUUAUUUUUAUUUUCUACUUUCCCUUUGAGAAAGAUCCUGGUGUAGUAGAUAGCAGAUAAGCCUUGGAAUAAAGAGGACCUGAAUUCAAGUCCAGCUGUGAUAGAUACUUGAUUUAUUGCCCCCAUUCUCUAAGCUGUAUCAGUUGUGAAAAUUUUGCCAGUGUGCACCAGUGUAGAGAACUUUCAUACUGGGUUUUCUCUACUUUUAUGAUACUAUGGGUCCAACCCAAAUAAAACCUGUCCUUCCAGCUUCUUCCCUACCCAUCCUAGAACCAGAAGACCUAAGAUCUAGAACUAGCACGAGCUUCAGAUGCCAGCUGGUCCAACUCCUUAUUUUAAAGAUGGAGGAGAAUGAGCUUCAGAGAAUCACACAGGGCUAUGAAUUUGAACUUAAGUCCUCCAUCUCCAAUUCUAGUUCUUUUUACUACCUGUACUAUGCUUCUUGUUCCACAGAGAGACCUACUGAAGAAAACAUCUAGACUCCAUUUCCAUUUCUUAAUAUUAUUUUAUUUUUAUUGAUUUGUUGUUCAGUCAUCUUUCAAUCAUGUCUGACUCUCCAUAAUCCCAUCAGGGGUUUUCUUAUCAGAAAUAUCAGUGUGGUUUGCCAUUUCCUUCUUCAUCUUAUUUUACAGAUGAAGAAACUGAGGCAAAUAGUAUUCAAUAACUUGCCCAGCUAGUAAGUAUCUAAGGCCAGUUUCGAACUCAGGUCUCUCUCUCAGCCCUAGUGCUCUAUCCACUGUACCACCAAUCUGUUCCAUUUGUAGUGAUAGAUUUUGUUUUUACAUCACCUUCAUUUCUAAGUACAUCUCUUUUCCUCUAUUCUCCAGAAAGAUGAAAAGCAAUUCAGCAAAACCAGCAUGUACACUAUUUCUCACCCACGGGCCCCCUGCCCCCUACCAUCACCUUUGCAAAGAAGGAAAGAAAAAGCAUUUUCUCCACUCUUCUCCAAGAUCAAGCUUGAUCAUUACAAUGACACAAUCAUCUAUUUCAGAAUUUUUUGUUUUGUUUCGGGUGAUGUUUUUCCGGCCUUUCUCACGUUACCCUUUGUAUAGAGACCCCCCAAAACCAAGGCAGCCCCUGCCCAUCCCUUGCUCUCAACCUGGUCCUAGCACCACUCACUGAUUGCCAGAGCUCAGGAAGUGUAUAGAUUUUCAGAGAAGGGAGAGGGAGGGAGGGAGAGCAGCCUGUCUGGCUAAUAAGCUGAUUAUCCCACAGUCCUCAGGAGUGGGGCUGAGCCCAUCUUGCUGUCACCGAGCCCCAAGAUGGGAUUAUCGGAGCCGCUUCCAUCCGAACAGCCAUGGGGCAUUUCUCGGGGCACGGAGCGAGCUGGGACCUUCUCCAUCGCUCAACAAUUUUGGCGUUUUCCCGGAUCCCAGCGAGAGAUCACCUUCCAGGGCAGCAUGGCAUCUUUCAUGCUCUGUUACUAUGGAAAUAGCUAUGAUGUUCAAAUCCCACUCGCUCAGAUAAACAGGCAGGAAGGAGGGCACCUGAGGGAGAUUCUGCUACAUGGAUGUAUCAGCUUGGCCCUUCUUCUCUUCUCUUUCUAUUAGCCUUAAGGAAGAAAACCAAAGGCAAGCAACAGGAGGCCCGGCAACUGGUUUAUCAUCAACAUUUCCCUGCAUGCAGACACAGCAGAGGCAUGAUAAAUUAGAGCUCGAGAAGCCUUAUUAGCAGAGGCCGCGUGUGAUUUAGCCGAGAAAGUGCUUUUUGGAGGUCUCAGGAGAUCCCAGAUUGGGGUUUCUAGCUCUCCUCACCCAAUCCAUGAUCUUGUAGAAGCCCCGAGGCAGUCUUUGUGCAGGCAGACUGAAACAUAUGGACAGGAAGAGCCCAGAACAGAAAGCAGCAUUUCCUAUAUGGGCAGAAGGGAAACCUGUUGAAUUGACAUCGCUAGGGUUUGGGGAGAAAUCUCCCAUGCCUCCAUGUUUGGCUGUCUGGAUUUUUCCCAGUUAUUAGUCCAGUUCUCUGAAGUGGAUUCCUGGACCAGAAUGCUAUGGUCCAGGGAUCCGCUUCCCCAAAAUACUGGAGUAGUUUGCCAUUUCCUUCUAAAGCUCAUUUUACAGAUGAGGGAACUGAGGCAAACAGUAAGCCAGUGUACAGUUCCUAGAAGGGCACUAUUGUUCCUUACCUAGGAAGUACUGGCAGAGACCUCAGGAGCCAUCUAGGCAAAACUCUUCAUUUUACAGAAAGGGAAACUGAGACCCAGAUUUUAGGAUUGUGGAGCUACAGCUGAAGGAACUGUAGUUCAACCUUCUCUGUUUUAUAGAAAACAAACGCAGGGAGAAAGUUCCCAAGGGGCGGGAUUUGAAUUCAGAUUCUCCGGCUAUAAUCAAUUGCCCUUUCCACUGUCCCAUGCUGACUCCUUUAAUUCAAAGUGAGAAUUUUACAGAUCUCUAGGUAGAUCUUGAAUGGAAGGGUCCUCAGAGAUCAUUGAGUCUAGUGCCUCAUUUUUUUCAGAAAAGGAAACUGAGGUCCAGCAAAGCAAAAGUGAUUUACUUGUGGUUGUGAAUCUAGUUAAGAAACAUAGGUGGGAUUUGAACCCUGCUCUCUCAGCUACAAAUCCAGCAUGCUUUCCAGCAGAUCACACUGUGAACACAGCAAGAACUUCCAGAUACUUUUUUGGCAUAACUGUGUAAAUUUGCAAAAUGCAAUCCUUACUGCCUCCAUAUGUAGUGCAUCGGGCAAGUUUAAUUGUCUCCAUUUUACAUGAGAUUUGGAGUCUGUGGAGGUGACCUGGUUUAGCUAACACAGAAGAAUACUGGACUCCUAGAUGUAGAACUGCAUAGAAUCUGGAGGCAACUGAAUCUUUUUAAGAGCUAGGGAAUCUGUUUAACCCAAAGAUUAAGACGCUUACCUGGGACUCCACAGCUAACCAUGUAGUACAUGUUACUACACUGGUAAAUAAUUAAAUAUUAAAGGCAGGAUUUGAACUCCUGUCUACAAAGCUGGUUUUCUAUCCAUCACCGUGCAGCCCCUUUGAGAUCUGGGAAAUCCCGGGAGAUACCCCAUGAGGAGGUGAUCAAAAGAUGGAUGCAGAGCUCUUAGUAGCUGCAAAUGAGAACCAAGCUUUUCAGAAUGGGGUCACUACUUCUCAGGUGUGGCAAAGCCUUGCCAGGUCUGUGCCUUGGUAUAUCCUGGGCACUUUCAACAGCAUACAUGUCUUUUUAAAAAUUUUUUAAAAUAAUAGCUUAUUAUUUUGAAAGUCAUGCAAAGAUAAUUUUCAGCAUUGACCCUUACAAAGCCUUGUGUUCCAAAUUUUUCUUCUUCUCUUCCCCUCACCCCAUUCUCCUAGAUAGUAAGUAAUCCAAUAUAGGUUACACAUGUGCAAUUCAGUGGGGGUAUCUUUGACUGUUACACCAGGCCCAAUCCAAACAUCUGGCUACAGCUAUUCUUGUGGCGUGUCUGCCCCCGACUUGGACUAAGCACAACUAAGAUGACCAAUGACUGGGCAGUUAGAUGGCACGGUGCAAAAAAGCACUGGCCCUGGAAUUAAGAAGACUUGAAUUCGAAUCCGGCCUCAGACACUUGCCACUUACUAGUUGGGUAACCCUGAUUGCUUUGGUGGGGGGAGGGAAGGAAGGAAUAUGGCCAAUGGUGGGAAUCUUCAGUGUUGAAGGCGUUGUCUGAAAAUGGGCAUGUUAGUGCCCUGUGAAUGGAACUAUGAAUUGUCCUCUCCAUUCUAGAAAACAGUUUGGAAAUGUGGGAAGUGUGGACGACAAUGUCCAUACCCUUUGUCUCAGAGAUUCUGCUGCUAGGAAUAUCCUUCGAGGGCUGUGAAAGAUUAAAAUAUAUACCAAAUACACCAAA